GAUUGCCGCAGCUUCCUUAUUAGCACUUCUCGGUGCUCACACUUACCUUCCGUCUGUCUCGUAAAUGGCUAUUCCAAGCUACCUCUCACUCUUGUCCUCAUCUCCCUUUCCCAAGCUCUACAGCUACUCUUCACUCUCCCCAGUUCCCACAUCGAUCUCUUUCCUCUCAUCCAUGUCGGAAUUCAGACCCAAACCAAGCACUCCUCCGCUACACAGUGCCUGCUCCGUUUCGAAUCCCGACUCAGUAGGCGAAGAUUUGCCUCUUGACUAUGGGGAUUGGUUCCCGAAACGGGACCCGAGCGAUCGUAGAAGAGCCGGUGUCCUGCUCCAUCCGACGUCCCUCAGAGGACCUCAUGGGAUCGGUGAUUUUGGAGACGAGGCGUUUCGUUUCGUCGACUGGCUUUAUGAUACUGGCUGCUCCGUCUGGCAGGUUCUUCCUCUUGUUCCUCCAGGAAGGAAGGCUAAUGAAGAGGGAUCGCCCUACUCCGGCCAGGAUGCAAAUUGUGGUAACACUCUCUUGAUAUCUCUCGAAGAGCUUGUUAAGGAUGGUCUGUUGAUGGAGGAGGAGUUACCAAAACCAUUUGAUGCGGACAGUGUAAACUUCUCUACUGUUGCUGACCUAAAGGAUCCUCUGAUAGCUAAGGCUGCUGAGAGGCUUGUUUUGAGUGAAGGUGAGCUUAAGAGUCAGCUUGAGGCUUUCCGCAGAGACCCUAAUAUAUCCAGCUGGCUUGAAGAUGCAGCUUAUUUUGCUGCUAUUGACAACAGUAUAAAUGCUUUCAGUUGGUAUGAGUGGCCUGAACCCAUAAAGAAUCGCCAUCUUGCAGCCUUGGAAAAUAUUUACCAAAGCAAAAAGGAUUUCAUAGAUAAUUUCAUUGCCCAACAGUUCUUAUUCCAACGGCAAUGGCAAAAGGUUCGCAGUUAUGCCCAGAUGAAGGGAAUCAGCAUAAUGGGUGACAUGCCCAUUUAUGUAGGUUACCACAGUGCAGAUGUUUGGGCAAAUAAGAAACAUUUUUUGCUGAACAGGAAUGGUUUUCCACAUCUAGUUAGUGGUGUUCCCCCUGAUGCAUUCAGUGCAACCGGUCAGCUAUGGGGCAGCCCUUUGUAUGAUUGGAAAGCCAUGGAAAGAGAUGGAUUUUCAUGGUGGAUACGCCGCAUACGACGUGCGCAGGAUCUUUAUGAUGAAUUUAGGAUAGACCACUUUAGAGGGUUUGCUGGCUUUUGGGCAGUCCCUUCUGAAGCAAAAGUUGCAAUGGUUGGAAGAUGGAAGGUGGGACCUGGAAAAUCCUUAUUUGAUGCAAUCUCCAGAGGAGUUGGGAAGAUUAAUAUAAUAGCAGAAGAUUUGGGAGUUAUCACAAAGGAUGUAGUCCAGCUUAGGAAAUCCAUUGGGGCUCCUGGAAUGGCUGUCCUCCAGUUUGGUUUUGGAAGUGAUGCUGAUAACCCUCACUUGCCUCAUAAUCAUGAACGCAAUCAAGUGGUGUACACUGGAACUCAUGAUAAUGACACAAUCCGAGGUUGGUGGGACGUUUUGAAGCAAGAAGAGAAGUCCAAUGUACUGAACUAUCUCCCAAUUACGGAGGAAGAUCAUAUCUCAUGGGCUCUUAUCCAGUCUGCGUUAUCUUCAGUGGCCAAAACUGCAAUCAUACCCAUGCAAGAUGUUCUGGGGCUAGGGAACUAUGCUAGGAUGAAUAUUCCUGCCACUCAGUUUGGAAAUUGGAGUUGGAGGUUGCCUAGUUCAUCAAGCUUCGAUAACCUGGAGCCUGAAGCAAUGAAACUGAGGAAUAUGCUUUCUAUGUACGGCCGACUGUAAUACUUACAUAAAAUGUAUGGCCGAGUGUAAUAUCAUCGAUGCUGAGAUUUCUUUAAGCGGCUACAACUCGACCCCCCCGGGGGUUCGCCAUCCAUCUUUUUAUUUUAUUUUUAUUUUGUAGUAGAACUACGUAUAUACAGUAUACCAUGUAUCAUAAAUAAACUUGGUAUAACUCGAAAUAAGACUUAUGAACAAAUCUGGUUUUUUCUUUA